AUGAAUGCAUAUGAACUUUUCACUAAAAAAAUUAAUAAUUAAGAACAGAAAGAAUGUUUAUAAUUACUACUUUAUACUUAGUAAGGAAAUUGGCAAUUUGCUUAAUUGCUACAUACAUUAAUUAAUUAUUAUUCUAAAGAUAGUAAUAUAGAUCUUUCAAAAAUAUUAAUCAAAAAAGAUAUCAAUAAUAAUAUUCAAUUAUGCAAUACCUAUUAAUAUGAAAAAAGAAAGAGUCCAAAAAAAGAAAAAGUAAUUAAAUUUAUGAAGUAUUUAUUUCAAAAUCAUUACAAAUCUUAAUAUAUAAUAGAUGCAGAAUAAGAUUGGAAUAUAUUUUAAAAAUGGAUUGCUGCAUUUGAAAAAAUAUGGUUUCCUAAGAAAUCUGUUAUACAUAAAGUAAUUAAUAAAAUUGGAUCAAUUAAUUAUCCUCAAUUACUAUUGCUUCCUAAUCAGAAUAUGUAUUUAUUAUUACAAUAUUUAGAAUUCAUUCAAAAUCUAAUAAUCAAAAUUCUUUGAUUUUAUAGAAUUCGUUUCACUUAAAUUUUAAUGGAAUUGAAUACUUAAAUAACCAAUUCUGGAAUGAAUUUUUUAAAGAAAAAGGCUAAUAAGAUUCAUAUAAUGAAAUAUAUAUCUCCUGGAAUAAAUUUAUUGGUUUAAUAGAUCCCAUACAUCUGAUACCUAUAGGAGAAGGUAAACUAUAUAAUUAAGAAAAGUAAUCAUAUUUUGGUUGUGACUAAUUUUUUUACACAAUUCCAAAUGGUAAAUUUACACAUUUAUAAUUUAACAAUUAAGAUAUUAAACGAAAUAAAGGAGAUGGAUCAGAUUUUAGAAAAAAUAAUUCUAUUUCUUUUUCAGAUGAAUUCAAUAUUACUCCUAAUUUAUCAAAGUCUCUAUUUGAUGGUGGAUGGUUGAAUUAGAUUUUAGUAGAUUAUUUAAUUAAAAAAUAUAAUAUGGAAUAAAAAUUGAUUAAUUAAAGGUUAGCCAAAUACUAAAUUAUUGUAAUGGAUACAAGAUAAGCUUAAGAUAUUUUUUCUAGUCAAAUCACCAAAAAUGAGGAAAUUAAUUUGGAAUAUGCUUAAUAAUUUUGGAAUGAUCAAAAUUUUGAGGUAAAUAAAAGUAUGAGAUUAAUAAUCUUGAUAAAUGUUGACAGAUGUCAUUUUAUUUGCAUUUGCAUUGAAGAAGAUGUUAUAUAUAUCCUAAAUUCAAUGAAUUCUACUUGGAGUGAUAAUAUUGUAGGCCAAUAAGUUAAUAAAUUUUAUUAAUUACUCAAAACAAAAAAAAGUUAAAUUAAGAUCUAAUCUUAAGAUUAAGUAAGCUCAUAUUAAUAGCAAGUAAAAAUAUAAAUAUUAAAUGUGCCUCAAUAAAGAAAUGGUUAUGAUUGUUCAAUUUAUACUUUAUUCAAUUCAAUGUAAUUGAUUAAACAUUCUCAUACUAAAAUUACAGAUAUUGAUUUUCAAGUAUCACCAUUACAAAUAUCUGAAUUAAGAUUUCAGUUUUUCCAAGAUUUAAUUAAUAAUAAUGCAUUUUUAUCAAAUUAAAAAGUCUGGUAUCCUAUUAGUAGAUGA